GUUUUAUCGCUACACACUAAUGUAACCAGCAACUAAACGUUAGCUUAAAUAUUUAAAAAGCGACUUCGGCUGGAUUUACAACUCACGUUAAGACCAAAUAUCUAAUGGUGACAACAUGAAGAUGAAAUCUGCCAAGAAGAAAGCAAAGAGAGCAGAGAAACGACAGGAUGCACCCCCAGUGAAAACAGAGUAUGAAUCAGAGCAGGAGGGAUACUCAGAGGACUCUUCUCAUCAAGCACAAACAAAUGGAGAUUGUCUUCUCAUCCGAAUAAAGGAGGAACCACAUUCACAGGAGAUCAGCGGGGAGCUUGAUGGAGACACGUCCAGCUGUUUGGACACUAAACCUGAUGUUGUGACAGCUGCUCACAAUGAUCCACAAGGACACAUAAAGGGCGAGUGCGACUCUGACCAUCAGCCAGAAUAUGAAUUCGCUGAAGCUGCUGUCAAGGAGGAGUCGGAGGCAUGGAUUAAAAAAGAGAGAGACAGUGAGGAGGAGGAGGAGGAAGAGGAUGUUGGUCCCAUCCCAGAGGAUUUUGAUGAAGGAGAGGAUAUCUGCACAGAAUCAUCGUCCGAGUUUUUCCCGUGCCCUCACUGCACUGUCUCCUUUACCGACUUGGACUUCUUGGAGAAGCACGUGAAGUGGGUUCAUCAGAAACAGUAUCUUGCCAAACUUAAAAAAUGCCUCUCAAGCCGCACACUAAACCUCAUCCCCAAACACACCUGCACGGUCUGCAGCAGCACCUUCAACUCUAAAGUACACCUUCGGGACCACGUACGUGAAGUCCACCCGUCUGCCCCGCCCCGCAGGCUUCACCCUUGCCCAACCUGUGCACGCAGCUUCCAGUACCUGAAGAAUCUGAAGAACCACUGCCAGCGCUGGCACAACAUGUCUGUGGUUACUAGAGGGGGACAUCUCAGUUGCGCCGAUUGUGGGAAGAGUUUUAAAGCUACGUGGGGUCAAGGGCCUCAUUUAUGUCAUGAACCAGAUAACACAGAAUCUGAGGAUAAACCGAUCUGUCUGGAUAUUGGUGUACAGUGUCCAGAAUGUGGCAAGAAGGUGCGCACGCCUCAAAGUUUGGAGGAUCACAUGCGCACCCACACAGGUGACCGGCCGUUUGUCUGCAAGGAUUGUGGCAGGAGGUUCGUGGAGCGCAGUGGCUGGCGGCAACACAUGAAAAUACACACAGGGGAGAAGCCAUACAAAUGUCAGGUAUGCAAGAAGGCCUUUUUAAGAUCACACCACCUCAAGUGUCACUUAACCACACACUCUGGCAAGAAGGAAUAUUCUUGCUCUGAAUGCGGAAAGGAGUUUGGAUUCAAGUCCAGCCUGGAUCUUCACUUGAGGACGCAUUCAAGUGAGAGACCCUUCCACUGCAACGUGUGCGGGAAGAGCUUUAACACUCAAAGAAACCUGAGGGUUCACACCAAACUUCACACCAAUGAGAAAGCUCACCAGUGUGGGGACUGUGGGUUGAAGAUCGGAGAUCUCGGGGCUCUGAAAAUACACUUACGGACACACACUGGAGAACGGCCUUACCAUUGCACGGUCUGUGGCAGUAGGUUUAUCCGCCUUGCACAUCUACGAAAUCACCAACGCACCCACACUGGUGAGAGACCCUACAAAUGCACUGAAUGCGACAAGAGUUUCACUCAGUCUGGUGACUUGGUCAAGCAUAAGAGGAUACACUCUGGGGAAAAGCCCUUUGAGUGUCCAGAGUGCCACCGCCGAUACACGUCCUCUGGCGAUCUGGGCAAGCACAGGAGAAGCCACACUAACUUGCGCCCUUACACAUGCCAAGAAUGUGGAAAAAGCUUUCGCUUGUCAGGCCAUUUAAAAACUCACAUGUUAACUCACACAGGGGAGAAGCCAUACUCCUGCCCCAACUGCCUCCGUAGGUUUGCUCGCUCUCACCAUCUCUCUGGGCAUGUGGCUAAAUGUCGCUGAGCUCACCUGAGAAGACUGUACAUAAGAUAGUCCUGAUUUAAAGUACUGUAUACUAAAAAUAGCUGUAUACAGCCUGCAGCUAGUUUUUUAUGAAUGUGUUGAAGUAUAAACUCAUAUCUGUAAUUAUUUAUAUGAACUUUCUGUAAACCUCUUGACUCAACUUAUUGUUUUAACUUAUUAUGAAACGUUAACUGAAUAAAGUGUUAUUGCAUGGAACUUAUAUGAUGUUUGUCCAGGGUAGGUUUAAAUCGGUUUUACAAGACACUAAUGAACGCUUGAGUGACAUAUCAUGAGGCAGAGUUCGGCAGGAUGUCCAGAUAAUGAGUCAUUUUGGUUUUUUUUGACUGUCGAAUGCUGAAUAAUCUGUAAAAAAAAAAAACAUAUAAUAAAUAAUAUGAUG